AUGGCUGACGAGUUUGAUAACGUGGAUUCAGUGGAGAUCCGCAGGUUAAUUUCAAAGGCCAGAGAUGAAAAAGAUGCAGACGCGUUGCAGAUCGCUUAUGACUUCUUGACGAACACCGGAAACAGCGAAGAGUGCGUUUCCUCGGACAUUUACGUGUUGUGUGCCGAAGCAGCUCUUCAGCUUGGACGUGCGCAGAUAAGCAAACCGUGCCUAAAGAUCUACUUUGAAGGGAAUCCGCCAGCGAAUCAAUUUCUGUGUCGAGCCUACCUCUGCCAAGGCCAGCUCCAGUGUCCCGGGGCCAGUGGGAGCACGGAGGACGUUGAGAAGGCCGUGGACUACUUCCUCAAAGCGAUUGAAGUUGCGAAGAACGAACCAAGGUACCAUUGUCUGGUCUUUAACGCCUCCGUGCUGUACCUCCACGCAGUACGCCCUCUGCUGGUGGAGGGGAGGAGCUACACCCUGGUCCCUUCGCUGAGGCAGGUGCUCCAAAGUCUGGAGGAGGUGAACGACCCGGACCACGACUGGAGGGCUCAGCUCAUGAUGCAAUUCAUCAAAUGUAAUGUCGAUGCCGGAAAAAUGGAGGAAGCCACAGCGUUUGCUAAAGUUACGGAAGAUUUUGUCAAGUCCCAUACACCUCAUCUCUUUCCUGAACUAUUUGGGCUCUUGAUACAACACAAGCUGUCAGACUGCGAUGUCUUACUUGAGACGAGCCGGCAGAGUCCCACUUUAACAGCAAUUUACAAGCUAGAAGAAUUUAAGAAUAGGUUGGGGAGAGCCAAUGGAGACGAGCUAAAGGAAGGAGAUGCCGCGAAGCUUCAAGAGAUUUUUGAUUCGCUCGUUCCCACUAAAGCUUCUUCAUCUCCCACGGAAUCCAACGCGCAACCUCUGCCGCCAGCUGCAAGAGUUGCCUUCCUCCUGGAGCUGGCUCUGCUGGCCUUGCAAACCAAGCAUCAGGAAGUAGCUGCCGACUGUUUGAAAGCGCUAAAGACGGCGGAAGUGGCUAGCACAGGCCAAAGGAUCAUAAUGGAAUGUAUCAGCUGCGAAAUCAGCCUCCUGAAGAAAGAGGCGAAGAUGAAUGAGUACUCCAAAGGCAGCGUGGAGGCUCGGCUCAGGGAAAUAGGCCGGUUGGAUCAGUGGCUCCUAAACGCCGAGCGAGCGGGGGCCCCUCAGGCCGUGCAGGCAGUGUGUGCCACUGUGUGGAGACUGUGCCUGCCUCUGCUGCAGCACAACCUCCGCAGGAACAUCACAAGUGCUCUGCUCCGGGUGGCAAAGGCGCUGGAAGACAUCCAGAGCCUGCUCCUGGAGACGCGCUGUCAGAUUCACUCAGAGCUGGCGCUGAUUGAAGAAGAGGAGGGCCGCCUGGAGGCUGCUCUGACUCACCUAAACAAAGCUCUGCAGCUGGAUCCGAACGGGACGCACCGAGAGCCACUGUCAUCCGCCUCUCGCCUCCUCCAGCUCAGAGCUCUACACAACACCCCGGCCCGGCCCGAGGACAGAGCAGCCAUGCUAAUGCAGCAGGUGAAGGACAUGCCAGAUGACAACACAGACUGUCGCCCCGUGCUGGUCUCUGUGGGGCUUCUCUUGGCCCCUGAUGUUUUCCGAGCGGUUUUGGACGCAGAUGACCCAGCCAGAGUUGAUGGUUCUGGACCGAUGGCAGAGCUCUGUGCGAAGGCUCAGCAUCAUUCAAAUUCUGUCCAAAUGGUCAACAAACACCUGGUUCACCAAGAGGACACCGACACCAAGGAAAGACUGAAGCUUUGGGCAGCUCUGGCGAAGACGGCGAGGAAACAGGAAGUGUGGGAUGUGUGCCGAGCAGCGUGCCGGUUCUGCCUGCUUUAUGACGACGGGAGAUGGAAGCUGUCCAAGGCAAACACUCAGAAGAUGAAGGAUCCCGAGGCUGAGGAUAGUUCUUCAAAAAGAGGAAGUCCAGAUCAAAAUACUUCAGACUCCUACAGAGAAUUGCUGCGCCUGUUGGCUGAAAUACACUUCAUAAAUGCAGAGGCUGUUGUUCAGAAGCUCCACACAGAAGGGGUGCAGCUUAAUACUUGUCCUGUUCCUCCUCUUGUAAAUAAGCAGCGCGUGUCUGAGGAUGAUGCUGAUUGGAUUGUUUACAGAGAUUGGAUCAUUUCUCUGUCAGCCUACGCCUGCUUGGCUUUCUUGCGCGCAGCCGAGCUCGGGGCAGAGAUCUCCGAGCCGUGGGUUGUUGCAAACGCUGCCAUUUACCUGUGGAAUUACAACAAGCAUCUACUCUCACAGAGGCGCUACCAGCUUCUCCUGCCCACCUUCAGGCCUGUGGUGGACCUUAUGCAGAAGAUACAGUACACUGGGGAUCGCGCUCUGUUUGCAAUGCUGUGUAACGCGGUGGCUCGAGGCCUCAUCCAGCCCCUGUCUGCUCCUGUCGUCGUGAAGACGCCAGUUCCAGUGGACAGAGGUAGAGCCAGAGGGGGCUCUGCCAGCGUGAGUGGGCCUGCACUGCACCCAUCCGUCUUACAGGAUGCCCGCAAGGCUCUAGAGCUGUGUGAUUUGGCUCUGAAGUUGUCCAGCGGCGGUGUCCCUGGGGAGGUGGUCCCGAUUGCAGUGAGGAGCCAGGUGGUGUCCACAUGGGUCCAGACCAAGAGGCUGUUGCAGCAGCAGAUCGGCUCGGCCCUGGACCCGGGGGAUGAGAGCCUUACCCCAGAGGUGCGGGCGAUGACGCGUGUGCUGGUGGGGCUGGAGAUGUUUCAGUGCAAUAGGAGCCCUGGGCAGAUGGACUUCUCCCUCCCUGCUCUCUCCACAUUGGUGGCCGUGGCGUGUGAGUGCAGUUGGCCUGACGCGGUGGUGGAGCUGCAGGUGUGGUCCCAGCUGUCGUCCUUCUGUCACGAGGCUGAAGACCACGGUCUGGUCCUGAGCUGCUCCCACCGAGCCCUCAGUCUGAAGCAAACGGCCGCCAAGAAGCUCAGCAGCAACCAAUACGCCCUGUACGGUGAUUGUGCCGUGAGUGAGAUGCUGAGCAGAGCGGCCUGUUUGAGAGGUCUGAGUUUGGCCCAUGAAUCGUACGGUGACGUCAGCAAAUACAGAGAGGCCCUGGAUCUGCUCCUGUCCAGUGUCAGAUUUGCAGAUAAGGCCGGGAGCUGGAGUCUGUGUGUGGCCGCUGCCAGACAUUACUGGAACACUUGUCCCCCUUUGGCUGGGACCCCCGAGGAGAGAGCACUGCUGCAGGACCCCCUCGAGACCAUCCAGAAGGCUCUAGUGCACACAUACAGCAAACACACAAAGCAGAAUAAAAUUACUUCGGGAUCUUCAACUGGCAAAGCAGAAGAAACAAAUGAUGAUGUAGCUUUGAAGACUUCCAUUUGCCGUUUGCUUCUCCAAAUCCACUUGGACAAAUCCGACUUGAAAAGUGCCAAACAGCUCCUGGAAAAGGCCCAGAUCGACCUGCCUCGUGGUAAACACAAGCUAUCUUUGCUGAAGUCUUUAAUCUGUGUAAAAGCCCGAAUUGGAGACAGCGUGGUGAUGGAGAUGCAGAGGCUAGAGAGAGAAGGAGAGCAGUGCUGUUCUUUUAUGUGGCACCGGGUGGCGCUAUGCACAGGGGACUUAACCAAAAAACUGACGUGCUACCAGAGAGCCAUCGACACACUCACUAGCGCAGAGUUCCAGUGGCAGAAGGCCAGUCUGCUCCUGGAGCUCUCCGAGUGGAUGUUCUUCAACAACUUCCCCAAAGCUGAUGCUGUUCAGAUGAUCCAGUGGGCCAUAGACCUCCUCCUGCAAUCUCACCCUCAGAAUACACAACCACCAGAUGACGAGUCUACAAACAGUGACUCUACAUUUCAGAACAGUGUCUCUCCAGAGGAACCGAUUCAAACUGUGUCUGAUAUCAGAGACGUGAAGUGUCUUGAUGCUUUAAUAAGAUCCCACACUCUCCUCGCUGUGAUGACCGAACAGAACUCCCCUGAGCACCAGGCAAACCUGCUCCGAGCCUACUGCUUCGUCGUACAGAUGUGGAAGAUUUCGAUGACAGAAGCUAGUCAUGUUUCCAGUGAUAUGGCAAAGUUCCAGGCCCAGAGUGCGUCUCCGGCCUCAGCGGGAUCCAAGAAAGGCAAAGACAAAGACAAGGGCAAAGUGAAGAAACCGAAGGAGAUUUCCCCCGAUGAGGACAAACAGAAGUCGCUGCUCUCAGAUACGACCCCUCCUCUGACCCUGAGGGACUGGGUGUGCUUCCAGUGUCCCGACCAGGCGACAAGACACGUCUUCAGAAACAGCAGCAGCCGAUGCCCUAACGCCCGCUCCAUCCCCAAACAGCCUCAGAGCCUGUUUUACCUGAACUUACUGGAGAAACAGCUUCAGUCCUUGUCUCUUCCUCACCUGACGCUGCCUGUGUUACACCUGGCUGAGACCAUCGCUCAUGACCUUUUGGACCGGAAAGCCCUCUCAGAACUUUAUAGACUCAGAAUUGUGAAAAUCUGUCGUGAGCUGGAAGUGGAGACACAUUCACCAUACUUUGAGAAACUUCACAGUCUUGUGAGAAUAAACGAGCAAGAGCUUAAAUGGUGCAGGAGAGAGAUGCUCAUUUCCCAAGAGAGAAAAAGCCUUGAUCAAACUUAUAAACAGAAAGACCUUCUGGGUGAUACUGGCGCACAGAGGGAGGACAUUUGUGCUCAGAGCAUUUGGCUGGGCAAAGCAGAGAUCUGCCUCAGCAUGGGGCUGCACGCACAGGCCAGACACUUCCUGGAGGAAACCCAUUCAGUGGCAACAGAGUUUGCAGAUCAGAUAAGCGCAGGGCGUGCUCUUCUCCGUCUGGCUGCUUUGGCCUGUGAGCAGCAGAGCUCUGCCCAGGCUUUGAUCCUGUUGGAUUCAGCCCAAGCCUCUGGAGGAGACCCGGAUUUCUGGUACCAGCUGAUCCAGACCAGAGUCCAGGCUACAGCCAUGCAAAGAGACAAGCACGUACACGCCAAGAUCGAGGAUAUUGUAAAACAAGGAUGUGACGCACUGGAGCUCAUAAAGGAGAAGCAGGUGAACAGACAGAAAGAGGUGGAGUUCAUGAUCACGUCACUAAAAAUGAGAGGAGCUGUGGAGUGCAUACAUUCGGUUGGUGACGUUGAACCUGGUCAGACCCUUUGUCCUGACGAGGCUCUGAGGCUUAAAAGUGACUGUGAUAAACUGGAGCAGUGCGCACGAGACUUCACCCUGCUCCAACACAGAGAGCAGGCAGCAGAGGCCCUGGCACACUGCGCACAUGGACUCAGGUUUCUAGCCCAGCACAGCCCAGAGACAGAGGAUAAACAGCGCCUCCUGCUGGAUGCACUGUCACAGAUGCAGGCAGCUGUCAGGGAGCUGGAACAUGUUGCCCUGAAUGCUCAGAAUCUGCUCCCUGCACAGGAGGAGAGCCCUGUUGUAUCCCUGGCCGUGCUGAGGUGGCUGCUGAGGCUGCGUCUGGCUCUGGCUGAGCUGUGUCUGCUCAUGUUGGAAGAACACUGCACUGAACACACACACCAGGCUGUGGCCCGGUCCCACAAAUCUGCAGCUCAGAUCAUUGUGGAGGACUUCACCCGCUCCACGCCUGAGCCUCACACCAUCCAACAGGCCUGGCUGAAUGUGGGCACUACCCUUGGGCAGGUGGCGCUGGGCCAGCUGGCAGCGGUCAGCUCUCACUACCUGAACAGCGCCGAGACCAAAGCAUGGAGCCUAUGUCUAAUGGGGAAAUAUCUGAGGUUACAGGCUACGAUGGAAGACCCCAUUUAUGUAUCCGCCCUCUGGGACCCUCACAAGCAGAACUCGGAGCUGAAGGAGGCCGACCCACAAGCAACAGGAGCAGAGCAAGAGACUUCAGAGAAAGAACAAGAAUCAGGCAUCAAAAAGCCAAGAAUGACCUCUGCCAAAAGCUCCGAUCAGCAGGGAGCACAACAUCUAUUAGCUGAAGCCAGUAAGUCCCUGUCAGAGGCCUCGAGUUUGUGUCUUCAGAACCAGCUCUCCCUUGCACUCCUGUCUGAAGUCUGCCUGAACAUGAUGGAGACCCACGGCCUGUCUGAGCCCAGUGUCACCGGGCAGUACCUGGCUCUGCUGCAGAGCUGCCUCUCCAUCAGCUUCAUGUCCAAGGUCCUGAGUGCAGCCUGUAGUGACUCCAGGGACUGUCUCUCCUCUCUCUCCUCUGUGCUCCGGCUGCACACAAACCUGCUCCUGUCCCGUGACGAGAGCCCCACCCGCCCCCUGCAGGCAGCUCAGGGCACUGUCUGCCCCUGCUCCAAGGCGUUCUCUCAUUUGUCCAUAAACCCUGGGCACCUGAGCCUCCUCUCAGAUCUGCCUCCAAACAUGAAGCUGCUCCUGCUGCAGCACUCCGAGGACAGGAAAGAACUUUAUGGGGCUUUCUAUGAAGUGAAAGCUCAGGGAAAUCAAAAAGGGAGGUCAACUCAAACUAAAGGCCUGACAUGUUCAAAGGUUGCCAAGGUUACCGUCUGCCCCAGGACUCUGCUGACUCUGCAGGACAGCGCUCAGACCUUGGACCGAGAGACCAGACGAGUCCGACUAAAGGAGGCCUCCCGCCGGACAGCAGAGGGCGCAACUCUGGAGAGCUCAGCAGCAGAACAAGCAUUAGCACCUCUCUUCAGGGAGCUGCUACAACUAAUGGAAGCCUAUCUGAAUCCACUUCUUUCACAGUUUGACUUCUCUGGUUUCAGGCCUGUGUCAGCAGCUCUGGAGCCGACUCGGGCCAAAGACAAAGAGGAGAAGACCAGCUCAGCGACGUUCUCGGGGGAGUCGGGGGAGUCUCUGGUGCUUCUGGCCGAUCACAUUCUGCUCCUCUUCCCUCUGGAGGCUCUGUCUGUGCUGCAGGAGGAGGGGCUGACGGCUGUGUCCCGGGACUUCUCUCUCCAGCUCCUCCACUCACGCCUGCAACAGUCAGAAAAAGUUGAAGGUGACAACAAAAAGGAGACCAAAGGAGCCAAAGCCAAGGGAGAUCAAAGCCAGGCCAUCAAAGCGGUGAGUUUACGGCCAUUCGUCCUGCCCCCGAACACCAUCCCGGUCAACUCCAAGAACAUCAAAUAUGUGGUGGAUCCUCACAAUGACGGCAUCUUUGAUGGUACCAGUUUAUCCAGGAGGAUGAGUGAUAUUCUGGAGGCACACCGCCAGCUCUCUGCCCAUCUGUGGGAGGGCUUCAUGGGCAGCAAAUACAGGCCUAGUCGAGCGGAGAUAGAGCAGCUGCUGUCCAGAUGCAGUACCUUCAUUUUCCUGGGGAUGGAGCACUUCAUGGGGAACGUGACUCCAGCCAGAAUAGCAGCUCUCAAUCUUACUGAAUGCAGCGUGGUCCUUCUCUUUGACCUGGUCCAGAACCGAAAAAGUAUCGCCCGCCAAUCAGACCUCGACAAGGAAAAAAGCCCAGGACACUUGGCUGUGGAGACUCCUCUGCACACCGCCCUGCUGCUCAGUGUGGGCGGAGUCGGCUGCGUCGCUCUCAACCAAUGGCACAGCAGCUUUCAACUCAACACCAGAAACAUAACUGCUGUUCUGGAGGGUCUUCUUAAGGAUAAGCAGACCUCGGGACAAGCCAUCCACUCUCUGAGAAAAGCACAAAGCCUGGGCUCCCCCACAGAAAAGAUGAUUACAUCACAUGGUCACGAGCUGAACCCGACGCCUGCCGAUUACACCUGCGUUCUGUACGGACUCCCAAACUUUAUUGUGCCGUCGAACGUAGCUGUGGGGGCGUUUGGCAGAUGGAGCCAUGCCUCAGACCAUGGACAGACUGGGAGUGCAUAUGUUCAGAAGGAGCUCCGGAGUCAACUGAGUUACGUGAUGUUUAACCUGGAGAGAUGUGAGCUACAGGCAUUUGGGGAAGUAGAGAGCUUUACUGAACAUGAUCAAAUCCUAUAA